AUGGAGGCACAGCAUUCAGAGCAUGGACACAUCAUUGAGAUAUGCACUGAUAUACCUUCGGCGGAGCGUUCAUAUGGAGGGAGCAAGGUAUGUGAGGGUGCAACAUGCGGCUUUUCAGAUGCCAGAACAAGCUCGAGGGACGCGAAAGAGCGUUCAGCCUCCAUGAAGAAGCUCCUUGUUGCAGUUGCCCUCUGCGUGAUAUUUAUGAGCGUAGAAGUUGCAGGUGGCAUCAAAGCCAAUAGCUUGGCCAUACUCACAGACGCAGCUCAUCUGCUGUCUGAUGUUGCCUCGUUUGCUAUUUCUCUGUUUUCUCUGUGGGCUGCGGGGUGGGAGGCAACCCCACGCCAGUCGUAUGGUUUCUUCCGGAUAGAAAUACUCGGGGCACUUGUAUCGAUUCAGCUGAUAUGGCUUCUCACGGGGAUUCUUGUGUACGAAGCAAUUGUCCGGCUCGUGCAGAACACGGGUGAGGUUCAGGGGUUUCUGAUGUUUCUGGUCUCGUCUUUUGGUUUGCUGGUGAAUAUCGUCAUGGCCCUCCUGCUCGGUCAUGAUCACGGCCAUGGCCAUGGCCAUUCGCAUGAUCAUGGCCAUGGUCAUCAUGGGAACGAUGAUCAUCAUCAUCAUCAUGAUCAUGGUUCUGAGGACGAGCACUCGCAUGUCCAUGGAGUGACCGUUACCCGAUAUGACAGCCAUCAUCAUCAGCAUUCGAGAUUUAACGAGCAUCAUCAUCCUCCCGGUGGAAACCCGGCCGAGCCUCUUCUCAGUACAUCACACGAGGGCGAAAGCAAGCCGGACAAAGACGGUCAGGAAGCGAAAAAGACGAAAAAGCUCCGGAAUAUAAACGUGCAGGGGGCCUAUCUCCAUGUUUUGGGAGACUCGAUACAGAGCGUGGGGGUCAUGAUUGGUGGGGCCGUAAUCUGGUACAAGCCCGAGUGGAAGAUAAUCGACCUCAUUUGUACCUUGGUUUUCUCUGCCAUCGUCUUAGCCACCACGAUUAGGAUGCUGAGGAACAUUCUGGAAGUUCUCAUGGAGAGCACACCAAGGGAGAUAGAUGCCACGAUGCUCGAGAGGGGUUUGUGUGAGAUGGAGGAGGUUGUUGCCAUUCACGAGCUGCAUAUUUGGGCGAUAACUGUCGGGAAAGUGUUGCUGGCUUGCCAUGUCAAGGUUAAGCCCGAGGCAGAUGCUGAUAUGGUGCUGGACAAGGUUAUUGAUUACAUUAAGAGGGAGUAUAAUAUUAGUCAUGUCACGAUUCAAAUAGAAAGAGAGCAGAUCCCGUGA